AGCCUCUGAUUAUUGAGUUAGAGAGUUCCAGUUUAGUUUCUCAAGGAGGGGCACACACCAACUUGGUCUUCCUCUUCCAUCCUGUCCUUUUUUUUUUUUUGCUCCAAAACCAAACUGAAAAUAAAAAGAAGAAAGAGUUUAUCUUUUCUCUCCCUCUCUCUCUCUCUCUCUCUUUAGUGAACCAUGUUGAUUUGCUCAAAGCUUGGCCACGAAAACGACUGAGUUUUGGCUUAUCUUGUCUUCUUUGAUUCAAUCACUGGAAAGCUUCCACCCUUCUUGACUUCUCUCUCUCUCUCUCUCUCUUUUGAUUCUACUCAAAUCUUGGUUUCUUGGAGAAGAAUUCUGAAGAAAAAGCUUCCCCCAAAAUUCUGAAUCUCAGAUUAAAAGGGGGGGGGAUUGGUAGAUGUGGUAUUGGUGUCAGUCGACGACAUGUCUAUAGCUUGUGAGCUCUCAAAUCCCAAUUUAAAGAAGACAAAAGCAGCAGAAAGCAGUGUCGGUAAAUGGAUAAUAAUAAGCAAGAUUCUGCUUUUCCGGGUUUUUUGUGGCUUACUCUGCCUUUCAGCUCUUAUCUGCCUCUGCUUUAGCUUCUCAUCAUGUAUAUGCAAUAAUAAACAAGAUGAGGCUGCUGAAUCUUCUUCUUCUUCCAAAGGAAUGUUGUUCAGGAACCAGAACGUUAGCAGAAGUGAGAUUGAUGCUAUGCUUUCUCUCUUCUUUGAUUCAAAUCAGGUCACAUCUUUUGAAUGUCGCAAGGAAUCUAACGACCCUGGAAUGUUGGAGAAUUAUGGUAUUACAUGUUCCUUGUCAACACGUGUUGAGAAAGAAGAAGAAGAAAACGAGGAGGAGGAGGCUAAGAAGAUUAAGAGACACGUUGCAGAGCUUAUGUCAUCAUCAUCAUCAUCAUUUGAAGAGAAUGAAGAGGGUGUGCAUCAUGAGCUGGUUGUAUUAUUUUAUGUAAUGAAUAAAUGGCACUGGUGGUGGUUGGUCCUUUCUGUACUAGUGGGCGGCCAUGUGAUAUUUGAAUUUCAUCAAAGAAAAAUAGAAGUUUCUUCUUUCCUACAAGACAAGCAGCAAUGCAAAAGAUCUGGGAGAUGGAGGAAGAACAUGCUUCGCCUCGGCAUCCUCGCAGGAGUUUCAUUAUCUGUUCUAUGGUUUUGGGACACAAACGAGCAGCUCUUGUUCCAAAGGAAAGAGACGUUAACCAAUAUGUGUGAGGAACGAGCUCGUGUGUUACAGGACCAGUUCAAUGUCAGCAUGAACCAUGUUCAUGCCUUGUCCAUUCUCGUCUCUACCUUUCACCAUGGCAAAACCCCUUCUGCCAUUGAUCAGAAAACAUUUAGUGAAUAUACUGAGAGAACUAAUUUUGAAAGGCCACUAACGAGUGGUGUUGCGUAUGCAUUGAAAGUAACACAUUCUGAAAGAGAGAGAUUCGAGAAGGAGCAUGGAUGGUCAAUAAAGAAAAUGGAGAUUAAAGACCAGACUCUUGUCGCAGGUUUCGAUCCAGCUCCUGUUCAAGACGAAUAUGCACCCGUUAUCUUCGCUCAAGAAACCGUCUCUCAUAUUGUCUCUGUCGACAUGAUGUCUGGAAAAGAAGACCGAGAAAACAUCUUGAGAGCGAGGGCAUUAGGGAAAGGAGUGUUGACAUCACCUUUUCAGCUUUUAAAAUCAAAUCAUCUUGGCGUUAUCUUGACCUUUGCUGUAUACAACACCAACCUACCACAUGAUGCUACAGAAGAAGAGAGGCUUAAUGCAACUAUUGGGUACCUUGGUGCAUCGUAUGAUAUGCCAUCGCUUGUGGAGAAACUUCUUCAGCAGCUUGCGAGUAAACAGACGAUAUCUGUCAAUGUUUAUGACACAACUAAUGCCUCGUCUGUCAUCAAAAUGUAUGGCUCAGAAGUUGGUGAUAUGAGUGAAGAGCACAUUAGUAGCCUUGAUUUUGGUGAUCCCUUUAGGAAGCAUGAGAUGCACUGCAGGUUUACACAAAAACCACCCAUUCCUUGGUUAGCAAUAAUGCCACCAGGUUUCGCACUGGUCAUUACGCUUCUUCUUGGUUAUAUCUUUAAUGAAGCCAUUAAUCGGAUUGCUUCAGUUGAAGAGGACUAUCAGAAAAUGAUGGAGCUUAAAGCUCGUGCUGAGGCUGCUGAUAUCGCAAAGUCACAAUUCCUAGCCACUGUUUCUCAUGAGAUACGUACUCCAAUGGUUGGUGUUCUAGGGAUGUUGAAGUUGCUGAUGGACACUGAUCUUGACGCUAAACAAAUGGACUUUGCUGAAACCGCUCACGGCAGUGGGAAAGAUCUCAUAUCGUUGAUAAACGAGGUUCUUGAUCAGGCAAAGAUUGAGUCAGGAAGGCUUGAGCUUGAACACGUUCCUUUUGAUCUCCGUUUUCUUCUUGAUAAUGUUUCUUCACUCCUCUCUGGCAAGGCUGCUGAAAAAGGAAUCGAGUUGGCUGUUUAUGUUUCUAGCAACGUUCCAGCUGUUAUAAUUGGUGAUCCAAGUCGGUUCCGACAGAUUAUCACAAACCUCGUUGGAAACUCAAUCAAGUUCACACAGGAGAAGGGACACAUAUUCAUCUCGGUGCACCUAACCAGUGAGGUGAGAGAACCGUUUGAAACAGAAGAUGAAAUACUAAAACAAAGACUUGGUUCGGAUGAGACAUCAUGUAACACGCUUAGCGGCUAUCCAGCUGUGAAUGCAACUGGAAGCUGGAGGAACUUCAAGACGUUUCAAGACCAUAGCUGUGAUAAAAAAACUGAGCUGCUUGUUACUGUGGAGGACACAGGGGUUGGCAUUCCUUUUGACGCACAGUCUCGGAUCUUCACUCCGUUUAUGCAAGCCGACAGCUCGACAUCACGGACUUACGGUGGGACAGGGAUAGGUUUGAGCAUAAGCAAGCGUUUGGUUGAGCUCAUGCAAGGAGAGAUUGGUUUUGUGAGCAGGCCUGGCGUUGGCACUACUUUCUCCUUCACAGGAGUUUUCGGAGAACGGGAAAGGGAUUCAUCAGCCUUGGAGCUAUUGGAUCAAUCUAUUCAGGAGUUUCAAGGAUUGAAAGCAUUGGUUAUCGAUAGCAGAAACAUUCGAGCUGAGGUUACACGUUACCAUCUUCAGAGAGUUGGUGUAUCUUCUGUAGACAUUGCUUCGAGUCUUGCAACUGCAUCAGGUAAAUUAGUGAACUUGGAUUUGGUUCUAAUCGACAAAGAUGCCUGGAACAAGGAAGAGUAUAGUGAUCUGCUUAAAGAGCAGCCCUCUACGAGACCAUCACCGAAGAUUAUACUUUUGGCUACUUUUACAACUCCAUCAGAGCUCAGUGAGAUAAAAUCAUCUGGUUUGGUAGACGAGGUGGUGAUGAAACCACUUCGAAUGAGUGUAUUGAUAUGCUGCUUGCAAGAAACCAUGGGAAGUGGUGGUGGGAAGAAGAGGCAGACGAAUAGAAAACCAAAGAAUCUUGGGAAGUUGCUUAGAGGGAAAAAGAUACUUGUGGUAGACGAUACAGCGGUAAAUAGAAGAGUGGCAGAUGCAGUGCUUAGGAAGUAUGGAGCUCUUGUGACUUGCGUUGACAGUGGCAAAGCUGCAGUUGCAAUGCUUAAGCCGCCUCAUGAUUUUGACGCGUGCUUCAUGGAUUUGCAGAUGCCUGAAAUGGAUGGAUUUGAAGCAACAAGGAGAGUCCGUGAUCUGGAAGAAGAGAUGAACAAGAAAGCAGAGUGUUCUAGGAAGUGGCACACACCAAUAUUAGCUAUGACGGCUGAUGUGAUUCAGGCGACAAAUGAAAAAUGCAUCAAGUGUGGAAUGGAUGGGUUUGUAUCUAAACCGUUUGAAGAGGAAGAGCUUUAUUCAUCAGUGGCAAGAUUCUUCGACAAAUAAAAAAAGAACAUAUAUUUUAUAAUAUAUAGUUAGGCAAAUCCAUGAAGUUUGAUGGUUAGGAGUUUCGCUUUCUUUAGUGUGAGAAGAAUGUAGAUUAUCUUUGUAUAGAUAAUAUAUACAUGAAAUAUAAUAUAGUGUAUAGAUUCAGGACCAAAGGGUCUCUCUUAAGAGCACCAUUAACGGGGUUGCUUAGACCUGUUGCUUAACUUAAUUAUGAUUAAAAGAAAAAGAAAAUUACCUGUAUAUAGAAGCACCGUAGCUUAAUUAAGGUGUGCAAGCGUUCGUUGCUUACGGACACGCGUCAUUCAUUCAAGUCCAUGGCUGCUUCAGAUUCUUUCUCUCUAUCAUCCCCACCACUCUGUCUCUCGCCCGAUGAUGAAUCCACAAGGCUAUCCCGAACCUGAUUUCAAACCUCCUCCGACGAUACCUUCUAGUCCUCAGACACCGAAGAAGAAGGUUAGCUCCAAACUGAAUCGAUGGUCCAUGGGCCGAGCUUUACGAUCCGGUGCCGUUAAGAUCGACUCCGACAACAACGAGGAAGAGAUGCUUUAAAGUGUCUGGACUUUCUGGAGAUGCGGGAACUGCAUCAGCGCAAGUCUCUGUGGGAAUGGGUUUGCUCGCUGGCUCCACCGUUACUUUGAUUGGAGUAGUGUGAUGAAUGAAAUAAGAUAAUAGAAACAACAGGAACAACAAUUCUCAUUGGUUAGAUACUGUCUUCACUCUAUUUUUGGGUCUUAAUCAUAAAGAAUGAAAGACUAUUCAAAGAAACAUAAUCUCUUGACAUGUGUUGUGAAAUUGAACAAUAGCUAGAUUGUUUGGUUGAGACUUGAGGUCAGAACUUUUGAUCCAUAUGAUUCGUUUUGUGUGUGUAUGAUACCAAAGGCUUAAACUUUUACUUGUUAAUGUAA